AUUGUUGAAGCUGCAUUGAGUAAAGUAAAUCGUGCGGCUCUACAUGUUGCCAAACAUCCAGUUGGAAUUCAAGACCGCUUACGGGGAAUUGAAAAUAGAUGUUGGAACUGGAAGGAAUGAUGUGAAACUAAUAGGGAUCUGUGGAACUAGUGGUGUAGGUAAGACCACAUUUGCCAAAGCUUUAUUCAAUGAAUUUCCUGAUGAAUUCGAAGGUUCCAGCUUCCUUGCAGAUGUAAGAGAAAUAUCUAAGCAGCAUCUUGGUUUUGUUCAAUUACUUGAGACGCUUUUGAUUGACAUGCUUGGGGAUAACAAUUUGAAGGUUUGCAAUAUUCAUAGAGGUAUCAACAUCAUAAAGGAAAGACUUUGCAACAAAGGGGUACUUCUCAUUCUCGACGAUGUUGAUGAACUCGAUCAGUUGGAGACAUUAGCAGGAGGGCACGAGUGGUUUGUCUUAGGAAGUAGAACUAUCAUAACUACUAGAAAUAAACACUUGCUAACUACUCAUGGAACUGAUGAAAUAUAUGAGGUACGGUUAUUGGAUCAUCGAAGAGCUGCUGAACUUUUUAGUUGGAAUGCUUUUAAGACGGAGAAACAUGAAAAAGAUUACCUUGAGCUCUCAAAUCGUAUUGAACGUUAUGCUGGUGGCCUUCCAUUAGCCCUUGAAAUAUUGGCCUCCUUCCUAUGUGGUAGAACAGAACAACAAUGGCAAAGUGCAAUUCACAAUCUGGAAAAGAAACCCAACAAGAAGCUAUAUCAGAUACUUAAAAUAAGUUAUGAUGCUUUACAGGAUGAUGAGAAGGCUCUUUUCCUAGAUAUUGCAUGUUUCUUUGUUGGGAAGGAAGUAAAUUAUGCUAUCAAAGUACUAGGAACAAGUAAUCUUUGCCCAAUCAUUGGAAUUGGAGUUCUUACUGAUUUGUCUCUCAUAAAUAUAGAGAAUAAUAGGCUAAGAAUGCAUAACUUGACAGAAGAAGUGGGUAAGGAAAUUGUCCACCAAGAAUCUUCUGAAGCUGGCAAACGCAGUAGGUUAUGGUCCCCAGAUGAUGUUUUUCAUGUUUUCUCAGAAAACACAGGAACAUAUAUGAUUGAAGGAAUUAUGCUGAAGUUGCCUGAACAGAGAACUGUUCACUUGAAUGCUAAAUCAUUCAAAAAAAUGAGACGACUUCGACUUCUUAUAUUCAGUGGUAAUAAUGUAGUCCUUUCUACUGCCACUGAAUACCUUCCUAAUGAAUUAAGAUGACUUCAAGUGCUUGGUUACCAGUUUUCCACUUUGUCCUUCACUUCUUGUCCAAAACAACUUGUUAUACUAAGCAUGCCUGAUAGCCGUCUUCAUCAACUAGGGGAAGGAUUCAAGGUACGUUAUAUUUUGUUCUAGUUUAUUAUUAUUAUUGUAUUAUUUUGUUCUUUAUAGCUGUCUAACUAAUUUACAUUUUUCAUUCCCUUUCUUUUGUUUGCAGAAUUUUGAAAGAUUGAAAGUUUUGAAUUUAAGUCGUUCUAAAUUCUUAAGAAAUAUUCCUAACCUAUCAACAGCCCCAAAUCUUGAGAGUUUACAUUUUGAACAUUGUACAAGUUUAGUUGAGAUCCAUGAGUCUGUUGUGUUUCUUACUAGGUUGGUUACCUUGGACUUUUAUUGUUGCAGAAAACUCAGAACUUUUCCAAGGAACCUGGCUUCCAAAAAUGUUAAAUUUAUAGAUUUUGUAGGCUGUUAAAUGCUCGAAAACUUUCCCAAUGGUUUUGAAAAAAUAAGAUUUAUAACAAGCCUAAAUUUAUCUGGAACUGUUAUAAAAGAGUUGCCUUCUUCGAUUGAGUAUAUAGUUGUGCUUGAGUCCUUGUACUUAAAGAAUUGUAAAGAGCUUGUGCACAUUCCAGCUAGCAUUUAUAAGCUGGUGUUUCUUAAUUACCUUCAUCUUGAAGGUUGCACAAAUUUCUCAUAGUUUCUUGACUAUGUCAAAGAUAUACAUGGCGGUUUUCAUCUUACCAGGUUAGCUUUUAUAAAUUGUAAUAUGUCAGAAGAGGAUUGUCUUGAAACUCCUUUUAGUUUUUCCUUGCUUGAUUGGUUGGAUCUAUCCAAUAACAAGUUUGUCAGUCUUCCCUCCGUUCGCAAGCUUUCUAAACUUUCCAGUCUCAGUUUAGCUAAUUGUUAACUACUUAGGGAAAUUCUGGAGCUUCCAGAAAGCCAAAUGAAUUUAAUUGCAGCUGAUUGCAAAUCAUUGGUUGAGACUCCAUGCAAGAUCAUGGCCAAGUUGAUUUUCAAUAAUGCGGUCUCUCUCUCUCUC